GUGCUCAGCCGUAGCAGAUCGUGAAUGUGAACGGAUAUAUAUAACAUAUAUCUAUACAGUUGAACAGUGUGCAUCCCCAUGUCUGGGAGAUAGAGCAGAAAAGCGCACAAAUAUUUGCACAUCCCAAAAGGGGAACAAGACCUCCUGUCCCUGUACACGUGCUGCAUCGUCUGCGGCCGGGAUCUGAAAAGCAAAAACUCCGACUCCGGCUCCGUCUCCGCUUUUUACUCGAACUCCAAUCAGGAGCCGUUCCGUCUAGUUUUUUUCGUAUUUUUUGCCCGAGCUCCACCACCUACAUCCUGCCACCAUGCAUUCGCCGGCUGCCAAAGUGUCGGGCUACGUCGUCCUGAUGAUUGUGCAAAUAAUCUUCCUGGUUCUAUUCUGGCUGUUCGUGCGUUACGAAAAGACGGCGCUGCCCCUGGCAAUCGACGCCGAAGACGCUGGAUCAGCAAACGAACACGUUUCCAAAUAUCCGCAGUUCCAGGACAUCCAGGUGAUGAUCUUCAUUGGCUUUGGCUUCCUAAUGACCUUCCUGCGGAAGUACGGAUACAGUGCCACUGGAUUCACCCUGUUCAUGGCUGCUCUAGUGGUGCAAUGGGCUGUGCUCAUGAAGGGAUUCCUCCACAUGGAGGGCGGCAAGAUCAGCCUCUCCCUGGAGAACAUCAUUGAUGCGGAUAUAGCCGCCGCCGUGCCCCUGAUUAGCAUGGGCGCUCUGCUCGGCAGGACCACUCCAAUCCAACUCCUGUGCAUGUCCGUCUUUGAGGUGGCUCUUUUCGCGGCCAAUGAGUAUCUGGCUCUUCAUGUAUUCAGUAUCUGCGACUGUGGCGGCUCUAUCACUGUCCACGCCUUUGGAGCCUACUUUGGACUGGCUGUGGCCCUGAUGCUGAGACCCGCCAGCGACCAGAACGAAACGGGAAAGCUAGAGGGCGCCAGCUAUACGUCGGACAUCUUCGCCAUGAUCGGCACCACCUUCCUGUGGGUGUACUGGCCCAGCUUCAACUCUGUUCUGGCCGAUGGAGCCGGCGGCGAGCGGGCCAUUUUGAACACGUUCCUGUCAUUAGCCGCGGCAACAGUGACCACCUUCGUUGUAUCCGCGCUUGUCAGCCACGAGAAUAAAUUGGACAUGGUGCACGUGCAGAACUCGACCCUCGCCGGCGGAGUUGCCGUAGGCACGGUGUGCAACUUGCUGCUCGGCGCCCACGGAGCUGUCUUAAUUGGCAUUAUCGCCGGCACGGUCUCUGUGCUCGGCUAUCGCUAUUUAACACCCUGGAUGACGGCCAAUCUGAGGCUGCACGACACCUGUGGCGUGCACAACCUGCAUGGAAUGCCUGCCCUGAUUUCGGCCAUUGCCUCCGCCAUUUACGCCUCGAUGGCCACCGUGGGCGAGUACCAAUCCGAGCUGCAGGACAUUUUCCCGGCCAUGGUGGGCACCAACGGAACCGAGACCAAAAUCAUGGGCGGUCUUGGCCGGAACGCCACUUCGCAGGCGGGCUACCAAUUGUUUGGCAUCGCUGUCACACUGCUCAUAGCCAUCGGCGGUGGUAUUUUGACAGGUGCCGUUUUGAAGUACACCAACUUCCGGAACCUGAAGAAGGACGAACAUCACCAGGACGAGCACUACUGGGAGGUUCCGGCUGCCGAGAACAAGGAGGAAUAUGAACUAGAAAAAGUUGACGAGCUUAUGCUGUAAGCCAAAACUAAUGCCAAACCAAAACACCCAGACAAAUGCACCAAUGAGCAGAGUGCGUCCAGGACAAUGGGCCCCGGCCAAUCCUUUUGUUGCGUUGUCCUUGCCUGCUUCGCUUAAUUUUUGUAGACAUUUGUCGCAUUUAAUUAAAAACUCCAACAAUUUACACAUUUAAUUAGCGUCGAGCACCAAAAAACAGUAAUGCCAAAAUAUAAAGCAACAAAAAAAGUAUUAGCAAUAAAAAUAUUUUAAAUGUGA